AUGUCUCAGGCUGUGAUGGCCCCAGCAACAGCUGCGGUGAACCCAGGGCCUGAUGGGAAGGGGAAGGGGGCCCCACCUGCAGGGCCAUCCCCAGCCACCUAUCCCACCCAGGCCCCAGCAUCUGUGCCCGUGCCCAGUGCCAAAGUGGGGGACCUUCUUCCUGGGAACUACAAGCUGGUGGUCUUCGAGCAGGAGAAUUUCCAGGGCCGACGGGUAGAAUUCUCAGGGGAGUGCUUGAACCUGGGAGACCAUGGCUUCGACCGAGUGCGCAGCAUCAUCGUCACCUCGGGACCUUGGGUCGCCUUUGAGCAGUCCAACUUCCGGGGGGAGAUGUUUGUCCUGGAGAAGGGCGAGUACCCACGCUGGGAUACAUGGUCGAGCAGCUACCGCAGCGAUCGGCUUGUUUCCUUCCGGCCAGUCAAGAUGGACUCCCAGGAGCACAAGAUCUGCCUGUUUGAAGGUGCCAACUUCAAGGGUAACGCCUUGGAGAUCCAGGGAGAUGAUGUGCCCAGUCUCUGGGUCUACGGCUUCUGUGACCGCGUGGGCAGUGUGCGAGUCUCCAGUGGGACCUGGGUAGGCUAUCAGUAUCCUGGCUACCGUGGGUACCAGUAUCUCCUGGAGCCCGGCAACUUCAAGCACUGGAACGAGUGGGGGGCCUUCCAGCCACAGAUGCAGGCCGUGCGUCGCCUGCGUGACAGGCAGUGGCACCGGGAGGGCAGCUUCCCUGCCCCGGCCACUGAGCUCCCCAAGUGAGCCCCUACUCCACUCUGCUCUCAUGCCCUACCCCUUCUUCAGGCCCCAUUUUCCCUUCUUUCCCAUGCAAAUAAAAGUUCUAAGGCCAAAAUGUCUCCUGCGUCUGUGAACAAGGGUAUGCCUCGAGGUCUCCCAUUACUGUGAGAUGUGACUUUCUCAGUUACAGUAACAAAAAUAGCAAGCACU